CAUAUAUUUGCUUUAGUGAUAUCUCAGUUUCCGUUUGUCCACUUCAUAAAAGAAAUGUUCAAAGAUAAAUAUUAUAAUAUACUUUAUUAAGAAUUGGUAACUUAAGAAUUAUAUUAUGGCAACACUUUACAUUUUUAUCUUUGCUACAAUAUCAACAUUGGUCUUGGCAGAGUUUUAUAGUUCCCGCUAUGAUGAUUUUGAUAUACAGCCUCUACUAGAGAAUGAUAGAAUUUUGUUUAGUUACACAAAAUGUUUUCUAGACCAAGGUCCAUGCACCCCAGAAGCAAAGGAUUUUAAGAAGGCCAUACCUGAGGCUUUAGAAACAACUUGUGGUAAAUGCUCUCCAAAACAAAAACAACUCAUUCGAAAAGUGAUUAAGGCAAUAAUAGCAAAACAACCACAGGCCUGGGAGCAGUUAGUUGAAAAAUAUGACACGGAGAAGAAAUAUAGAGAAUCUUUCAAUAAAUUCAUAGAAGAAGAAAAUUAACUUCACAGACAAGAUAUGCUCUACAUUGAUUAUUUCGCAAUUUAAUAAAUUUGUCGAUAUAUAUAUUUAUUCAAUAAUUUUGUUUUACUAAACUUUAAUAAACUAAUUCAAACUUCUUAGCAAAAUUAAUGUGAAGAUUAUAGACGUUUAUAAACUUCAAGAAAUUUCAUAUUCAAACUAUUUAUUAUCAUCAAAAGAAAUUGUUUAAUAACAGAGUUUUUUUUUUGUUUUUUUCCGAACAAUAGUUUAAACCAAUUAUAUAGACCCUGCUUCCAUUUUCAUGGAAAUUGUUUUAGUGCUUCUCUUUAACAGCUUCAAUCUUGUUCUUGUACUUUUGUUGGUAGAUAUCCUUAGGAUCAUAUUUUCCUGCGAGUUCCUUCCAUAAAUCUGGCCGUUUGUUAACCAAAUGACGAAUAACUUUAUCAGCCGAUGUCUUUUGUUUUUCCGUACAUUUCUUGCAAUCGUUUUCCAGCGCGUCAGGCAAAGUUUCCUUCAGAGUCUUUGCAUCUGAUGUACAACGACCCUUGUCAACUAAGCAGUCAACAUAUCCCCUCAGGAGA